GCUGUCAGUUGUAAUUUCAAAAGUGUUAGGACGUUCAUUUCAAAUUCAACUACUAUUGUGUAAAUACCAAGAUUUCUCAUGUAGUAUUAAACAUAGAAACAAGAAUAAUAAUCGAGUGUUGAACGCGAUUUCGAUUUAAAAGUUAAAAAUGCGAAAAAGUCUUGCUCCCAGUCGAAGCUUCCCGCUUUCGCCUGUAAAUGGUGCUUUUAAAAGUCCGGUCUCGGUUUGCAGUAAGCGUAAUCGAGAAUGCCGAGAACGGUCAUCUCGAGGCCAUUCCAAAGAUGCGGAGCCACCGCCUACUAAACUAUCGGCAUCCGAAUACGAAAUGAUGAUACUAAAAAUCCUGACCCGCCCAUUUAAAAUUCCCAUACCGAAUUACAUCCCAGAACAUACGACCCGUUGCCUUGGCAUGAAACGGCCGGCAGCCCGCAGAGCGCUACAUGAUCCAUACGCCUGCAAUGCUUUAGUGUUAUUUAGCCCAGAAGAACUUUCUGAACACGAUCGGUUAAAAAUGGAUACGAACAAAAUGCAGGUUCACGUCGUCGUGGAUCCACUGCUGGGGAAUAUUUUACGACCACAUCAGCGUGAAGGUGUAAAGUUCAUGUAUGAAUGUGUCACCGGAAAACGUGGGGAUUUUCAGGGCUGCAUCAUGGCUGAUGAAAUGGGACUCGGCAAGACGCUACAAUGUAUUACCCUCCUUUGGACGUUACUGCGGCAAAGUCCGGACUGCAAGCCUACAAUUGGGAAAGCAGUUAUCGUUUGCCCGAGCUCAUUAGUAAAAAACUGGUAUAAGGAAUUCGGUAAAUGGCUUGGCUGUCGUGUGAACUGCUUGGCUAUGGACGGUGGAUCGAAGGAACACACUAUUAAGGAGUUGGAACAGUUUAUGGCUAACCAAAGUUUACGCCACGGGACACCAGUAUUGAUCAUCAGUUAUGAGACUUUUCGUCUCUAUGCAAAUAUUUUAAACAAUUCGGAAAUAGGAGCUGUUCUUUGUGACGAGGGACAUCGAUUAAAAAACUGUGAGAAUCUCACGUAUCAAGCGUUAAUGGGACUUAAGACCAAACGCAGAGUUCUUCUAUCAGGGACUCCCAUUCAGAACGAUUUAACUGAAUACUACAGUUUGUUGCAUUUCGUUAAUCCUGGAAUGCUGGGAAGUACAAAUGAAUUUCGUCGUCAAUUCGAAACUCCGAUUUUACGAGGGCAGGAUGCGAAUUCCACUGAAUCUGAGCGACAAAAAGCUGCAGAACGUCUUCAAGAACUGUCUGCACUGGUGAAUCGUUGUAUGAUCCGGCGAACGUCUUCCUUGCUGACAAAGUAUCUUCCAGUGAAGUUUGAAAUGGUUAUCUGUAUAAAAAUGUCUGAAAUUCAAACCGAACUGUACAAAAAUUUUCUUCAAUCGGACUCGAUUCGUCGCUGCGUGCAGGAGAAGAACGGGGCAAAAGCUAGUCUUACUGCGCUGUCGAACAUCACAGCGCUGAAGAAGCUUUGCAAUCACCCAGAUUUGAUAUAUGAAAAGAUUCAAGAACGAGCUGAUGGUUUUGAAAAGGCACACAAAAUUUUGCCCAGUAAUUACAAUUCGAAAGAUUUACGACCUGAGUUAGGAGGAAAAUUGAUGUUGCUAGAUUGUAUGCUAGCUAGCUUGAAAAUGAACACUGACGACAAGAUAGUUCUGGUUUCAAACUACACACAGACCUUGGACUUGUUCGAGAAACUUUGUCGAAAACGAGGAUACGCAUACGUUCGUCUAGAUGGAACAAUGACAAUUAAAAAACGAGGCAAAGUCGUGGAUGAGUUCAAUAAACCUGAUUCAAAGGAAUUUAUCUUUAUGCUCAGUUCAAAAGCGGGUGGUUGUGGCCUAAAUCUGGUUGGAGCUAAUCGCUUAGUUAUGUUCGAUCCAGAUUGGAAUCCAGCUAAUGACGAGCAAGCGCUGGCUCGUGUUUGGCGUGAUGGACAAAAGAAACCAUGUUUUAUAUAUCGACUCUUAGCGACCGGGACAAUAGAGGAAAAAAUAUUCCAGCGUCAAACACACAAAAAAGCGCUCUCUAACACAGUUGUAGACAACGAUGAGGAUGGAGAACGACACUUUACCCAAGAUGAUCUGAAAGAUCUAUUUCGGAUCGACGAAUCCACAAUCUCCGACACUCAUGCAAUUUUUAAAUGUAAACGGUGUCUUAACAACGUUCAAGUUAAACUUCCCCCUGAGGACAGUGAUUGCACAUCCGAUUUAAUGCACUGGUAUCACUGUUCCAACAAUAAAGGCAUUCCAGAUGAUAUCAUUUUUAAGUGCUGGGACAUCACCAAAUGCAUUUCAUUUGUAUUCCAUCACCGAUCCAACAGUGCCGUUGUAGAGCAACAAAUUGCCGAACAGAAACGUAUGGAAGCAUUGAAAACUAAAGAUGAUCUGAAAGAAGAAAAAACCGACGAUUACCGCGAAGAUGAGGAAGAAGAAGUAGAAAAUGAUGGUUCAUGUUCUGAAGAUGACCAGGAUGAGGAUUUCGUUCCGUGAAAUUUUGCUGUAAGUGUUCCUCAGAUUUUGUAUUUAUUCAGUUAAUCUACGAAAUGGAUUAAUUAAAGAAAGCAGGCUACGUUCUGCGAAU